AUGGCUCGCCUUGCUAGACAACAGAUAGAUCCAGAUGAUAUAUCUGAUGACGAUAAACCUCCUCAGACAGGCCAUACUUUCAAUAUAUGGUACCAUAAGUGGGCUGGAGGAGACCGGUCUUCGAACAACACUGUAAGACUGAAACAUCGUCUUAACGUGCUGAAAGAUUCGGGUCAGACCAGGGGAAACGAUUUGAAAUCACCUAUUUGUCUAUAUUUUGCUCGUGGAUGUUGCUAUAAGGGGAAAAAUUGUCCUUUUUUGCAUAGACUACCGAAAGCUACAGAUAAUGUGAUUCCAGCGAAAGACUGCUUUGGUAGAGAUAAGACAGCCGAUUAUAAGGACGAUAUGAGUGGACCGGGUCUGUUCAAUAGAGUCAACAAGACCCUUUAUAUCUCAGGGCUUCAUAUAAACGAUGACAUUGAGGAAACGCUAUCGAACCAGUUUGGGGAGUUUGGCUCCAUCGACAGAGUUCGUGUUCCAACCCAUAAAGCAAUUGGCUUCGUCAUGUUCAAGCAUGAGCUGGAGGCACAGUUUGCCAAGGAAGCCAUGGACGGCCAAACCCUUGAUGGGACCGAUACCUUGACUGUUAGAUGGGCCAAUAGUGAUCCCAAUCCAAGUGCUCGACAACUGAGUAAAAGAACGGCCGAAGACGCUGCAUUAAGCACUGUUAAGAAGUUGCUUAUAGCAGAGCCAUCCAACAAACGCUUUAAAAAGGAGGAUUCCCCGGCCAACGUGUAUUUCAUUAGGCCGGUGAAUGACAUCCCACCACAAAACGACUCUGAAGAGAGUGACAACGAACCAGAGGAGGAACAACCUUCUUCUAGGGGUCUCUUUGGAUCUGCUAGAAUGGCGGCUUUGACGAAGUUGCAGUCACCGAAGCCAAUGGGUAGACCCAAAACGGCUGGAAGAAAGCCAGAUCCGAGAAGAUCCCGCAAACCCCAAUUCCAGUCAAAAUCUGCAAUCAACUCGCAUUUUGGUGGCUAUUCAAGUGAUGAAGAUUAA